AAGUUCCAGAAACGUCCAGCGAACGCUCUCUCCGUAGAAUCUAGUUCCCACCCACUUUUCCUCCGAACGGUCCAUUCAAUCGGAAUCCCCGACUGGCUAUCUCCGAGUUCAUUUGCCAUUCCAAAGACCAGAGCUAUCUAUUUAUAACACAGAUAUGCUUCCAGCAACUGCCAAGUGGUAUGACAGAAGGGACUGCGUCUUCAUCGAGUUCUGCGUCUCUGACAGCAAGGAUGUCCAAGUCAAUUUUGAAAAGUCAAAGUUUGCAUUUAGUUGUCAAAGUGGGACGGAUGGCCCCAAGCACUCAAAUGAAGUUGACCUGUUUGACGCCAUCGAUCAAAGUGGAUCAAAUCACAAACGCACAGACAGGUCGGUGCUGUGCUGUUUAAAAAAAGCAGAAGCCGGAAAGAAAUGGAACAGGUUAACAAAAGACAAAGUCAGGCUCAAUUGGCUGAGUGUUGACUUCAACAACUGGAAGGAAUGGGAGGAUGACUCUGAAGAGGAACUUGAGAACUUCGACCGUUUCUCAGAGAUGAUGAACAAUAUGGGAGGAGAGGAUGGCAUGCCAGAUCUCGAUGGGGUAGAUGACGAGGACAGUGCAGACAGCGAUGACGAAAAAAUCCCUGACCUGGAAUGAAGCUGCUGAGCGAUUUCUUGCCUGAAAGGAGGAGAGUCAGGACUGAACAGUUCUCACACAAUCUGUUAAAGCGAGGAAGACAAGAACAAGUAGACAAAUCUGAUCACCGCUGCCUCCUGCUCAUAGGCCAGUCUCUCGCUCAAACCUACCCAUGGCUCCACUGAAGGUUGAUAUGCAUACAGUUGUACAGAGCUCCUCACACAAUACAGUCCUCGCUUACUUUCUCAUCUGUUUAACUCAUUCUGUUAUACUAUGAACUAUGGGACAUACGCCCUUGACCUGUUGUCUUGGACAGUGCAUUGUACGAUUUUUUUUCCCCAUCUUGUAAGCAAUACGAUAUGAGUUGAAAGGAAUUGUGAUUAAUAUUUCUGUUUUCUGUUCCCACCUACAUUUGAUUCACUCAGCAUUGAUUAUGUAGGACAUAACAAAUUCCACUAAACCUUUGUUUUAGUGUACACAGAAAGGUGUUCAUAAGUGUAGUGCUGUUGGAUUUGCUGCCUUAAGUUAAAAAAAGAAAAAUGUCUGGUAAUCCAAGUAGUCCCAUGUAAAGUUAAAUAGCCCAGUGUAUUAUCACCAUUCCUUUUUGAACCACCGACUGAAA